CCAGUAAAUCCAAGAGUGUAGGGGCGCCUGGGUGGCUCAGUGGGUUAAGUCUCUGCCUUCAGCUCAGGUCAUGAUCUCAGGGUCCUGGGAUCAAGCCCUGCAUCGGGCUCUGCUCAGCAGGGAGCCUGCUGCCUCCCCUCUCUCUGCCUGCCUCUCUGCCUGCUUGUGAUCUCUCUCUCUCUGUCAAACAAAUAAUUUUUUUUUUUUUUAAUCCAAGGGUGUUUGAAAUAUCAGAGGCUGGUAAUGAUGUUGUCUGGGGCCUUUGGCAGGACCCUACCGAUGGGUCACAGUGCAGGCCCUUAGGAUUUUGAACCAAAGCCAUGCCAUUCUCUGCAGUUAACUACUCUCCUUUUGAGAAACACGUUUCAGCCUGCUACUGAGACUUAGAGACUAAACACUAAACCAUGGGCCACCAAGUUAACAUCAUAAACUGGGUAUAAUCUGACCCAGCUAUUAAGCUAGGUGUGCAGAGCAGCACUCAUAAAAUGGAAGGGAUGUUUAAAUGAUUGGGCCAAGUAUGCCCUGAAGGCACAGGUAAUCCUACUGGUCAGAGUUUUAAGCAGUGCACCUGGUUUUUUGUUGUUUUGUUUUCCUGCUUGGAAGAAGAAAUGGUCAGAUGUACGAUUCACAGGCUGUGGCCAGUGGUUUGGCUGGGUGGUCAGGAGCUUGGAAGGAACAUGAUUGGAAAACUCAUGUGAAGGAAGUCUGGAAAAGAGGUAUAGACCUCUCUGCAUGGGUAAAAGUGAAGCUCUUUGUGUCCCAUGUUAAAUGCUCAGCAGAAGAGGAUUUUAAUAAAGUGGAUAGGAUGACCCAGUCUGUGGACACCAUUUGGUUCUUUCCUCAGCCACCCUAUCAUCACCAAUGGGUUCUUGGACAAAAAGGCCAUGGUGGCAGUGAUGGCCAUUACCCAUGGGUUCAGCAACACAAGUGUCCACUCAUUAAGGCUAACCUGGUUAUAGCCACUGCUGAAUGCCCAAUCUGCCAGCAACAGAGACCAACACUGAGUCCCCGAUAUGGCACCAUUCUCUGGUGGCAGGUUGAUAACAUUGGAAUGCUUCCAUCAUGAAAGAGGCAAUAUUUUUUUCUUUCUAAAUAGAACAGACACUCUGGAUACAGAUUUGCCUAUACCGUACAUAAUGCUUCUGUCAAAACUACCCUCAGUGGGCUUACAGAAUGCCUUAUGAUAUGGUAUCAUGGUAUUCUAAACAGCAUUGCUUCUGAUCAAGGAACUCAUAUCACAGUAAUUGAAGUACAUCAGUGGGCCCAUCUUCAUGGAAUUCACUAGUCUUCCCAAGUUCCCCACCUUUCUGAAGAAGCUAGCUUGACAGAAUGGAAUGAUGUUUUACAGACUCAGUCACAAUGCCAGCUAGGUGGCAGUGUCUUGCAGGGCUGGGGGAUGGUUCUACAGAAGGCUCUUUAUGCUCUGAUAUCACCAUCCGUAUCUGGUGCUGUUUUUCCCAUAGUCAAGAUUCAUAAGGCCGGGAAUCAUGGGGUAGAAAUGGGAAUGACACCACUCACUAUUACCCCUGGUGACCCAACAGCAGAAUUUUUGCUUCCCCUCCCCACAACCUGUGCUCUGCUGUACAGAGGUCUUAGUUCCAAAGGGAAUGCUUCUACCAGGAGAUACAAUGAUACCAUUUAACUGUAAAUUUAACUGCUACCCAACCACUUUGGGUUUCUCAUCCCUCUGAAUCAAAAGGCAAAGAAGGGAUUAAGGGUACUGGCUAUGGUGAUUCAUCUUAACUACCAAGGGGAGGUUGGACUCCACAAUGGUGAUAAGGAGGAGUGUAUCUAGAGUACAGGAGAUCCUUUGAGGCUUCUAAUAUUGCCCUGCCCUAUGAUUAAGGUGAAUGGCAAACUACAAACUAUAAAGGCAGGAUUAUUCAAGGGCCACACACCCAAGAAUGAAUUUUAUGUCACUCCACCAAGUAAAGAACCAUGACCAACUGAGGAGCUUGCUGUGGGCAAAGGGAACAUGGAAUGGGUGAUGGAAGAAGGUAGUUAUAAAUGCCUACUACAACCAUGGGACCAGUUUCAGAAAUUGGACUAUAAUUGUCAUGAGUGUUUAUUUAGUUGUGUGUUUGUAUGUAUGUAUAUAAAUCUUUAUUCCUUUUUUAUAUCAUUAUCAUGUGAUAUAAGAUGUAUUGACCUUAUAGUAUAUAAGUAUUAUUAACUUUACAUCGUAAUACUUAAGUUGUGGGAUAUAAGGGAGGAAAGUAAACACUAUGCAAGACUUUGCACCCUCUUCUGGGGAAAGGAUUCGUGUAUUUUUUGGUUGUAUGCAAGAUAGUUGUAUUAUGUUAGGUGGAAGUAUGUCCUUGUUACUGGUUUUUUUCAGAUAUUAAGUAUCAUUUAGGGAGAUGCAUAUAGGUGCCAAGUUGGCAAGGGGUGGACUUAUGAAGCCUAAUUUUAUGUAAUAUGGCUGGGCCAUGAUGCCCAAAUAUUUGGUCAAAUAUCAUUCUGGAUGUGCCUGUGAAGGUGUUUAUUAGAUGAGAUUAACAUUUAAUUUAAAUUAAAGAUUACCCUCCAGAAUGUGGGUAGGCCUCAUCCAAUCAGUUGAAAGCCUUGAUAGACUAAAGACUUCCCUCUCCCAGAGCAGAAGGGAACUCUGCCAGCAGAUAGCUUUUGAACUCAAACCUCAACUGUUCCCUGAGUAUUUAACCUGCUGACCUGACCUACAGAUUUUGGACUUAACAGGCUUCCACAAUCUCAUGAGCCAAGCCAAUUCCUUAAAAUCUCUUUCUUAACUCAAUACAUAGACACACAGAGACACACACAUAUAUCCUGUUGUUUCUGUUUCUCUGGAGAACUCUGACUAAUACACUAUUAUAAGGACAUGUAUUGUCUAAUUUAAUUCUCAUGAGAACCCUGUGAGGG